AUGGCGCCUCAAAGCAUCACCCAGAAGUUCCGCCUCGAUGGCAAAUCCUACCUCGUCACUGGCGGAGCAAUGGGGAUUGGCUUCCACAUCACCAAAGAUAUCGCAGAAUCCGGAGGCAACGUAGCAGUGCUAGAUCUUCGGGACGAGCCUCGGGAAGAUGUAUAUGGCUUGGCGAAGAAGUUCAACGUGAAAGUCGGCUAUCACCAGUGCGAUGUCAGCAAGCAGGAGAGCUUGAAGGCGGCAUUCGAUAAAGCCGUAGAGUCGUUAGGUCGGGUGGAUGGGAUUGUGACUGCGGCUGGGCUUGCGAUUGACAAGCCUUUCGUCGAUCAGAAGUGGGAGGAAGUCGAGAAGGUCAUUCAAGUUAACGCGAUGGGCUCCUUCUACGCUGCCCAGCUAACAGUGCAACAAAUUCAGAAGCAAGGCACACUUGGAAGCGUCGUCUUCAUCGCCUCUAUCACAGCUCACUGUAAUCUUCCCGGCUACCGGAUGGCUGGCUACAAUGUUUCGAAGGGUGGAGUGAAAAUGCUUUCGAAAGUGUUGUCCAGUGAGCUCGGGCCAAAAGGCAUUCGCGUCAACUCGAUCUCACCGGCAUUCAUCGAUACGAACCAGACCAGAGGCGCCAAGGAGCACACCACGAAAGCCGCCGCCGAGCUGAUGGACAGUGCACCACCUUUGCUCCGGAUAGGACAGCCUGAUGAAGUAUCGCCAGCAGCGGUGUUCUUACUUUCCGACGCAGCCGCGUAUGUGACUGGUGCAGAUAUACUGGUCAGUGGCGGCAUUCAUACUGGCCGCGGUGGCGAUUACGACAUGGUGUAG